GGAAGAUUUGGACGAUGACGACAUAGAUGAGGACCUGACUCGCGAUGUUCGCCGCCGCACAGAGCCCAGGGAUGCCCGGAUUGCCGUGUCCGAGUCCAUCUGCCGGAAGGAGAACCUGCGGCCACCAAUGGAGCACGAGAUUGAGUUCUUGCUGAAGGACCCAAAGAGUUACAAGACGGGCCAAUCUGUCCACUCUGAAGCAAGAACGCUUCAUGGUUCCUUCACGUUUCGUCUCUUGGUCUUCCCUAUGGGCACGGAGGUGACGAGUCCAACGGGACAGCUGGCCGCCUUUGUGGAGGCGAUGCAGCCGCCCGGCUGCGAGGACAUCCGAUGGGCCUUUGAAGGUGUCAGGUAUCAGAUCACCGUGGUGAAUUGGAAGGACUACCGAAAGUCGGUCUCGAAACAGGAUAACUUCACCUUCACCCGAGAGCACUCAGACAGAGGAUGGCACCACGGAUUUGUGAAGG